AUGUCCUCAGCAUGGUUACCCGGAUUGGUUGUAGAUACAAACAUUCUACAACGAUUUGAAUGGUCAGACACAGACAGUGGUAGAUUUUACAGCAGGAGCUAUCGGUGGCCGUGUGAGCAUGCAAGUGCAAAGAAAGUUGCUAGCCUUUAUGAAGUGGAUCCUAUUGCUGCCCUUGCAGCUCAAAUGUCAUCUCUCACUAAUCAAAUAGCUGCAUUGAUUUCACAUGGAACGCAAAAGAAAUCAGAAUAUAUAAUGGCUACAUCCACUACAUACCAGAAAGCUGAAAGGGAGAAUGAAAAACUUCAGUAUGUGAACGAUCAAAACUUCAAUCAAAGGGAAAACUACUUAGGAAAUAACUACUAUCAGGGGUUCAAUAAUCAAGCGUUUGAGCGAAAGCCAUCAUUGGAGGAUAUUUUAGGAACCUUCAUUUUAGAGACCAGAUCGAGGUUCAACAAAGAUGAGGUAAGACUUGACAACAUUGAGACUCAUAUGACCAACUUGGGGGCUGCAAUGAAGAAUUUGGAAGUACAGAUUGGUCAGAUAGCAACUGCAAUACAGUCUCAACAGAAAGGACAAUUUCCCAGUGACACAGAGGUUAACCCAUGGGAACACUGCAAUGCUAUCACCUUAAGGAGUGGUAAAGCAGUUGAAGAAUGCAAGCUUAGAGAGGUUGGGGUGCCUACAUCGGAUCCUAUACUUGCAAGGGAAAAGCAAACUGAAGGGCAGAAAACUAAGGCAGAGGCAAUAAAGAAGAUUCAUAAGCUUUACUCAAUUUCAUUUUCAGACAACCCACCUAUCUUGAAGCCCUCACUACCAUUCCUGCAGAGGUAUUUGAAGAAAGAGUUUGAUGAAAAAUUCGCAAAGUUUCUGGAGGUCUUCAAGAAAAUCCACAUCAACAUUCCCUUUGCAGAAACCUUGGCCCAAAUGCCUAACUAUGCCAAGUUCUUAAAGGAAGUGAUGUCGAAGAAGAGAAAGUUGGAGGAAUUUGAGACUGUUAAGCUAACAGAGGAGUGUAGUGCCAUACUUCAGAAGAAGCUCCCCCACAAAUUGAAAGAUCCGGGCAGCUUCAACAUCCCGUGCAAUAUUGGUGGUAUCACAUUUGAUAGGGUACUAUGUGACCUUGGAGCUAACAUAAACUUGAUGCCCUUAUCAGUGUUCAAACAGUUGGGUCUUGGAGAAGUGAAACCCACAACCCUCACCUUGCAACUGGCGGACCGAUCGAUCACAUAUCCUAAGGGCAUUAUUGAAGAUGUGUUGGCGAAGGUUGAUAAGUUCAUCUUUCCGGUGGACUUUGUGGUAUUGGACAUGGAGGAGGAUGAGAAAGUACAUUUGAUUCUUGGCCAACCUUUCCCGACUACUGGAAGAGCAUUAAUUGAUGUGCAAAAAGGAAAGUUGACACUACGAGUUAAUGAAGAGUAA